AUGUACGCCCGUGAAUUGUGUUGUGACUGGUUCGCGGAUGCAGACGACGAUGUUUGUAUGCUGCCACUGAUCACGGCCAACGAUAACAGUGUUAUCGCUAAGGACGUCACCUUUGAGCCUGCCGAGUAUUUACCGCCAACGCUUGAGGAAUUACCUUACGCAGUGGACUUUCUCCUUUUUGAGCCGAGUGAUCCGUUCCUGUUUGCGGAAGUUGAGGUUGAGAAACAAUCAGCAGCAUCAUUUACUCCCAUUCGAUCAUCAUUAUCUAAUGUGAUAGGGAAACGUAGGCUUCAGAAGGAGGCAUCAUCAGCUAAGCCGGCAGCAUUAACGUGUAACACUUGUAAUCUCAGAUUCAUAUGCAAAACGCAUCUCACCCGUCAUCAGUUGCUUCAUCAUGGGGAUGAGGAAUCCGUCAAAGAGCCGACAUCUAGAUCCAAAAGUCGAUGCCGUUUAUGUCGCGAAUGUUUAACCUCAGUUAAGGAGCUUGAAACACAUUUAGCCACCCAUCAUCCCCAGAAACACGCGUGCGAAGUUUGUCUGACGACAUUCCACGACGAGGCGUCCCUCGAAUGGCACAGAAAUAGUCACAUUUCGGAAGAAACACCCCAUCCACGUGCGAGGUAUGUUUGCGACGUGUGUCAAAAACAGUGCGCGAGCUCGAGCCAGUUGCAUCUUCAUCGAAAAAUACAUCUGCAACAAAAACCCUACCUCUGUUCGUUUGGCUGUGGAAAAAGCUUCGCAUCAUCGGGCAACCGGCAAAAGCACGUCGCACGAGUUCAUACGCACGAACGCAAGUACCGCUGCGUGUUCUGCGCGGAAUCUUUCAUGUACGCACGGCAGCUGGAACUUCAUCGUGAGCGGCAUCACACCGAAACUAUGAUGAAAACACAGGGUGCUAUCGUUUGUUUCAAAUGUAAGCAACCGUUCCAGUGUGAGGACGUUUUCCGGCGACACCAGAAUACGGUGCAGUGCGUAGAACAUCGCGCUUUCGAGUGUACACACUGCGGGAAGCGCUUCAAACAGCGUACUCACCUGCGUAACCAUCUCCUGACACACGCGGGUGGCGUACGACCAUAUGGUUGUGAAUUUUGUACAAAACGGUUCAAAAUCGCUGGCGAUUUGAGAAUACAUCGGCGGAUCCACACAAAAGAGAAACCGUUUCGUUGCAACCUCUGUCCGGCCGCCUUUAUUAUGGGGAAGCAACUUAACAAGCAUCGGUUCUCUGUUCAUGUAACCGAAAUAGAAUGAGGAGCACUAAAUAUCCUGCAAUGUCCGUAGAAGGGCACAUACGAAAGACAAUAAAAAAAACC